ACUCGAUAUAUGCAAUAUACCUAGGUUAUUAUGUUUCUAGUAUUGACAUUGCAUUUACAAUAUAUAUAAAAUUAAAUUAAAUUUGAAUAGUUCAGGGAGAUGCUGGCCUAUAAUAUAUCAAAUUUUAAUUUAUUUUUAUCAUGGAAACAUCAGAGCUAACGGAAGAAAACCCUAUGAGAAGUUCAUUUACAGUUGAUGAUUUAGAUAUUGAGAUACUACCUCUUAUUUAUGACAUAUUAAGAAGCGUGGAAAAAGAUCCUCAUGAUACAACUCAAAAAGCAAAAGAAUCACAAGAUACUAGUCAUAAAAUACUAGAGUUACAAAAGAAAUUGGAUUCCGCAAGAACUCAGAUUAAGCGGUUACCAGGAAUAGAAUAUAGUAAAGAAGAACAGUUACAAAAACUUGAAACUCUUCGUAAACAGCUACGACUUAAGCGUGAACUGUUAUUGAAAUAUCGUAAUAUGUGCACAUUUGAAGUACCUAAAAUAUAAAUAUUGAUAUUUUUU